GCAGCUCGCAGAACCGCAGGCACCCGGCCGGCUCAACCUUCGCCGGGCCGCCUCGCUCGCUCCGGGCUCGGCAGGCGGCCCGCGGGGUUCCGGAUCGCUGUGCCCGCAGCCAGAGACCAAGACAGGCUCUGACCCGAGGCCCAGAGGCCCGCGAGACCUUCGGUGUGACAGUUUCCCAGCGAUUUAUGGUAACCGAUUCUGACCCCUCCACACCACAGUUCCACACAGCUCCUGAACCAUGGGAGAAAAUGAGGAUGAGAAGCAGGCCCAGGCCGGCCAGGUCUUUGAGAACUUUGUGCAAGCUACCACAUGCAAAGGCACCCUCCAGGCCUUCAACAUCCUCACCUGCCUCCUGGACCUAGAUCCACUGGACCAUAGAAACUUCUACUCUCAACUCAAGUCCAAGGUGAACACCUGGAAGGCCAAGGCCCUAUGGCACAAGCUGGAUAAGCGUGGCUCCCACAAGGAGUAUAAACGAGGGAAAGCCUGUAUGAACACCAAGUGUCUCAUCGUAGGAGGAGGGCCAUGCGGCUUGCGCACUGCCAUUGAACUUGCCUACCUGGGAGCCAAAGUGGUUGUCGUGGAGAAGAGGGACACCUUCUCCCGGAACAAUGUGUUACACCUCUGGCCCUUUACCAUCCACGACCUGCGGGGCCUAGGAGCCAAGAAGUUCUAUGGGAAAUUCUGUGCUGGCUCCAUCGACCACAUCAGUAUCCGUCAACUACAGCUCAUCCUGUUCAAGGUGGCCCUGAUGCUGGGAGUGGAAAUCCAUGUCAAUGUGGAAUUUGUGAGGGUUCUAGAGCCUCCUGAAGAUCAAGAAAAUCAAAAAGUUGGCUGGCGGGCAGAAUUCCUCCCUGCAGACCACGCCCUGUCUGACUUUGAGUUUGAUGUCAUCAUUGGUGCCGAUGGCCAUAGGAACACUCUGGAAGGGUUCAGGAGGAAGGAGUUCCGAGGGAAGCUGGCCAUCGCCAUCACUGCCAACUUCAUAAACAGGAACAGCACGGCGGAGGCCAAGGUGGAGGAGAUCAGUGGCGUGGCUUUUAUCUUCAACCAGAAGUUCUUUCAGGACCUCAAGGAAGAAACAGGGAUUGAUCUCGAGAACAUUGUUUACUACAAGGAUUGUACCCACUACUUUGUCAUGACAGCCAAGAAGCAGAGCCUGCUGGACAAAGGCGUCAUUAUUAACGACUACAUUGACACGGAGAUGCUGCUGUGUACGGAGAACGUGAACCAGGAUAACCUGCUCUCCUAUGCCCGUGAAGCUGCAGAUUUUGCCACCAAUUACCAGCUGCCAUCCUUAGACUUUGCCAUAAAUCACAAUGGGCAGCCUGAUGUGGCCAUGUUCGACUUCACCUCCAUGUAUGCCUCAGAAAAUGCAGCCCUGAUGCGUGAGCGCCAGGCACACCAGCUGCUUGUGGCCCUUGUGGGUGACAGCUUGCUUGAGCCAUUUUGGCCCAUGGGCACGGGCUGUGCACGGGGCUUCCUGGCGGCCUUUGACACAGCAUGGAUGGUAAAGAGCUGGGACCAGGGAACCCCUCCUCUGCAGGUGCUGGCUGAAAGAGAAAGUCUUUACCGGUUGCUACCUCAGACAACCCCAGAGAACAUCAACAAAAAUUUUGAGCAGUAUACGUUGGACCCAGCAACACGGUACCCAAACCUCAACUUGCACUGCGUGAGGCCUCACCAGGUGAAGCAUUUAUACAUCACUAAGGAGCUGGAGCGCUUCUCUCUUGAGGGAUGGGGCACAGUGAGGAGAUCUGUUAGCCUCUCCAGGCGGGAGUCAGACAUCCGGCCUAACAAGCUCUUAACCUGGUGCCAGCAGCAGACCGAGGGUUACCAGCAUGUCCAUGUCACUGACCUGACCACAUCCUGGCGCAGUGGCCUGGCACUGUGUGCCAUCAUCCACCGCUUCCGGCCAGAGCUGAUCAACUUUGACUCACUGAAUGAAGAUGAUGCUGUGGAGAAUAAUCAACUGGCAUUUGAUGUGGCCAAGCGUGAGUUUGGGAUCCUGCCUGUGACUACAGGCAAAGAGAUGGCAUCUACUCAGGAGCCUGACAAGCUCAGCAUGGUUAUGUACCUCUCCAAGUUCUAUGAGCUCUUCCGGGGCACCCCGCUGAGACCCAUGGAUUCCUGGCGUAAAAACUAUGGAGAAAAUGCUGACUUCGGCUUGGGCAAACCAUUCAUUCCUAAUAACUAUCUCAACCUCACAUUCCCCAGGAAGAGGACCCCACGGGUAGACACCCAGACCGAAGAGAAUGACAUGAACAAGAGGAGGCGACAGGGCUUCAACAAUCUGGAAGAGAUGCCAGCCUUCUCCAGCCGUAGUUUGGGCUCCGUUCAAGAGUGUGCUAGAGAAAGUGGCAAUCAAAACAAAGUCAAGUCCAUGGCCAAUCAGCUGCUAGCCAAGUUUGAGGAGAGCUCGCGGAACCCUGCAGCCCUGAAACAGGACUGCCACCGUGUCUCAGGCAUAGGUAAGCCUGUCUUAUGCUCUGCCUCUCGCCCUUCUGCUACCUCUCACUGCCCCAAGCUGGAGGAGUCCACCCCUGGCCUUCUACCUCCUCUGAAAAGGCAGUUCUCUUCCGUGGUGGCAACAGGACAGGUGCUCAGAGAACUCAAUCAAGUUCCUGCUAGUGGCGAGUGCCCAAGCCGACCCUGGAGAGCCAGGGCCAAAUCAGACCUGCAACUGGGUGGGGCUGAAAAUCUUGCUGCCCUACCUCCCAACUGCCAAGGGGCACUGGCCCUGUCCGGGGUGCUGCGGCGGCUGCAGCAAGUAGAAGAAAAGGUUCUUCAGAAGAGGGCCCAGAACUUGGCUAACAGGGAAUUUCACAAAAAGAACAUUAAAGAGAAGGCAGCUCACCUGGCCUCCAUGUUUGGACACGGGGAUGUCCCACAGGAUAAACUCCUGUCUAAACGCCUGCCUCACACUCAUCCUCCAUCUCCUCCCUCUUGCCUUCCGUCUCCUGAUCCAGCUGCUCCUUCCUCUCCACCAGCUGCUGACUCUGUUUCUCCUGCCAGAAAGCUGACAGUAGGGAAAGUGUCCAGCGGAAUAGGGGCUGCAGCUGAAGUUCUGGUCAAUCUGUACUUGAAUGAUCACAGACCUAAGACACAGGCCACCUCUCCAGACCUGGAAUCCAUGAAAAAGGCAUUUCCCCUGAGCCUGGGCGGCAGCGACACCUGCUACUUUUGUAAGAAGCGUGUGUACGUGAUGGAGCGGCUGAGUGCUGAAGGUCAUUUUUUCCAUCGUGAAUGCUUCCGAUGCAGCGUCUGCACCACCACCCUGCGCCUGGCUGCCUAUGCCUUUGACUGCGACGAAGGCAAAUUUUACUGCAAGCCCCAUUUCAUUCACUGUAAAACCAACAGCAAACAACGCAAGAGACGAGCAGAGCUGAAUCAGCAAAGAGAGGAGGAAGGGACAUGGCAGGAGCAGGAAGCCCCUCUGAGAGACACACCCUCGGAAAGCUCUUGUGCGGUGGCGGCCAUCAGCACGCCAGAAGGCAGCCCCCCAGAUGAACCCACUUCCCCCAAGAAGCCAAAGAGUGUCCCUGAGCCCACUCUCAGAGACAUGGAAGCUGAAGUCACCUCUCCCCAACCCUCUGAGUGGACUUCAGUGAGGAUUGGCCCUGAGGAAAAUGCAGCCGGGAAGGACGUGCUGGCUGUGCGUGUCCUGGUCACCAGUGAGGACAGCAGCUCCGAUGCAGAAUCUGACUAUAGUGACACCGGAGCCCCCUGUGCAAAGGCCUGCGAAGAGAGGCCCCAGAUUCCAGAAUCCCCACCUCAAUCAAAGCCCCCAGCCCGGCACGUCUCCCUGAGGGAGCCCCUGACAAAACCAAUAUCUCUACUACACGACGAGGAGCCACAAGCUCUGCCUGCUCUGCAACGGACUCAAAGCCUCCAGUCUCCAGUUCCAAGCAAAUACCAGAGCUGGAGGAGAAAAUUCCAGUCCAGUUCAACACCCAUGAACAGAAGAGCACCGUUGGCCCCAAAGGAGCCUCCUCCUCCGUCUUUAUCUUCUCCAUCUUCCCUACCAUCUUCCUUUUCUUUGGUCAAUGAACCUGGACACACUUCAAAUAAUUCCUCCCCUCCUCAGGUGCCAGCUUAUGACCUCCACCCCCCACCAGUCUCCAGAGAUGAUUGCAGCCCUACUCCUCUCUACCUGAGACGUGCUAGGGCUCAAGGGCUCUCGAAGGAAAUUCCUCUCUAUCUGCCUCAUGGUCCCAUGCAGGAGAGCACAGGCCUGGUGAGGCCUUGUGGAGAAGGUUUCAGCAACCCUACAGAGAUGACUUCAGAGGACUGCCAGGAAGCACGGGACCCUGUUAGGAGCACCAAAGGCAUGGACAACGAUUCCCACCCCAUUGCAGGGAAGGACUGGUAUUUGUACAAUCAAAACCUAACUCUUAGGACUGCGGGGAACCCUAGAGAAGUGAGUGAGGGACCCAGAAGAGACCAGACAGGUGUUCCACAGCCCUCUGAAGAAAAGAAGUUGGGCUUGAAGAAAUUAGUCCUUACACCAGAGCAGAAGACCAUGUUGCUAGACUGGAGUGACUCUGCCCCUGAGCACAAGGCUGGGGAGCAGCAUUCCCAGGAAAGAGCUGAGAAUGGCAGAGGCUGUACCCUGAAACCAUUCUACUCUUCCACCCUCCCUAGGCCAAUGAAAGAGAAGCUGCUGUCCCAGACAGGGGCCCAGGAGGAGACUCGUACCCCAGCUGACAAGGCACCACGGGAGCGAGAAGUGCCUCCACCCAAGUCCCCCCUAAGACUCAUAGCAAAUGCCAUCCUAAAGUCUCUGCUCCCCAAUGCUGAAAGUGGAAAGAAGACCUGCCCUAAACCAGAGUCAAAAACAUUGCCUCGGGGCCAGCCACAUGGCUUUACUCGCUCCUUUAGUCUUCGGAAACCCAGUUCCAGUAAAGAUGGGGACCAGCAGUCUCCAGGGAGACACAUGGCCAAAAAGGCUUCAGCCUUCUUCUCUUUGGCUUCUCCAACUUCUAAGGCCCCUCAGGCCUCAGAUCUUAGUCUUCCUGACCCCAUCCUCCGCUCACGGAGUUUGCCCAGUCGUCCAUCCAAGAUGUUCUCUGCAGCCACAUCUUCACCACCUGUCAGCAAGAUUGAAGAUGUCCCCACCCUCCUGGAGAAAGUGAGUUUGCAAGACGCCACUCAUGUUCCAAAGAAACGAGCAUCACGUAUUUCCAACCUUGGCCUCAAAGAUAAAUCCUUUGAGAGUUUUCUCCAGGAAUGUAAACAAAGAAAGGACAUUGGGGACUUCUUUACUAGCCCCAAGGAGAAGGGGCCACCCAGGAAGAGAGUCCCAUCCUUGGAGAAGCUGGUACAGCCUUUGGGCAGCACCUCUGUGGGGCAGGUGGCACAUCCUCCUACAGGGCAAGAUGCACGCCCUGGAGCUCCAGUGACAGAGGCCACCUCUUCUCCCUCUUCUACCACCUCCUCCUCUGCAGAUGAAGACUUUGACUCCCAGCUUUCCUCCAGGUUAAAGGAGAAGACACCCAAAAGAAGAAGGAAGCUGGAGAGGCAGUUGGUUAAGCAAGAAGAAUUGAAAAGACUCCAUAAGGCUCAGGCCAUCCAGAGACAGCUGGAGGAAGUGGAAGAGAGACAGAGGACCUCAGAGAUCCAGGGUGUGGAGCUGGAGAAGGUGCUGAGAGGAGAAGCCGAUUCAGAGACACAGGAUGAAGCCCAGCUUUUGCAGGAAUGGUUUAAGCUGGUUCUGGAGAAGAAUAAAUUAAUGCGAUAUGAGUCGGAGCUACUGAUCAUGGCCCAAGAGCUGGAACUAGAAGAUCAGCAGAGCAGACUGGAGCAGAAACUACGACAGAAAAUGCUCAAGGAUGAGGGCCAGAAAGAUGAGAAUGAUCUAAAGGAGGAGCAAGAAAUAUUCAAGGAGAUGAUGCAGGUGAUUGAGCAGAGAAACAAGCUUGUGGAUUCCCUAGAGGAACAGCGCAUCAAAGAAAGAACCCAAGACCAACACUUUGAAAACUUCGUUCUCUCCAGAGGCUGUCAGCUCAGCAGGACUUGAGGUGCCCUUCCCCCCACUGAAGCCAGAGAGCCAAGAAGGCUUUCUCACCCAGGCACUGAAUUUAGACCUUACUGCUUAAAAGGAAAGAAAGAAAAUUAAAUGCCUCUCAUAUGAGCUCCAUAUGGUAGGUCACAUCUGUAAUCCCUUUUGAAGAAAGCUGAGGCAGGAGGAUUGCUGUUUGUUCCUGCAUUAUACAAAGAGACCCUGUCUCAUAAAAACAAACAUCUCUUGUAGGUCUUAUAUCUGUUAUGUCUUCCCAAGAUUUUUUUCCAAAGUCUUUCAUGACAAAGUGACAAAGGCCCUUGAGCUUGGCAGUGCAGGUGAUCUUGGCAGACGACCAGCAUUGUUUGCUCCCUGGAAAGUCACACAGGCUUGACCUCCCAGCUGCCUUUGUCAUUUUUCUUUAUAAUUCAUUGAGUUACAUAUUUUAAGACUUUUAAGAAAUGCCUUUUCAUUAAUACGCCCAUAUUUGUCUUUUUUGCACGGCUGACCAGUUUCCAAAUGUCAGGACACGGCAGCGGCAGUUUAAAGAUUAGCUUAAUAUUUAAAUUGUGUUUCCAGAGAAAGCAGAGAAACCCCGAGAUUACUGAUUAAAUAAAGCCAAUAACUCAUA